AUGCGCAACUCAAAACCGAAUCCAGUUCAAUCUUGGCAGUCACCAUUCGACCAUGCACUUGUCUCCCAAAAUCGUACUUCAUCCGGUCAGCACAAGCACCAACAACCGUACUCAUCCACACGGCCGCACCGGACAUACCUAUGCAUCACAGCGUUGACAGCCACAGCAUCCUUGACGGGCAUCUCGUCCAGCAGACUGUGGGCGGUGUCCAAAUCCCCUGCAGAGACCAUGCCAGUGAUCACUGCGUUCCAGGAAAAGUUGUUCCUUUCCGGCAUGGAGCGGAAGAGACGGAGCGCCUCGGCGUGGUCCCGGGAGUUGAGGUGGGCGGUGACGAGGGAGUUGUAG